ACCGUGUAGCCGACUGCGCGCUCCUCAACCGCCAGGGUUUGUACACACACAUUCGGACACACACUGCCUGACACUCACGCGCACUCUCAGUGAAACCGUCUCUCCGGGACCAGCACGCACGCACAAUCUCUCGUCUAUCACAGCGCAUCGCGCACCACUGCGGUAAGACGAGAAGGCAGGCAGCGAAGCCCUGACACUCACUUGUUUCAACACACAGGUAGUGCGUCUGCGACUCUCCGGAAAAUAAGAGGACUUACCACCACCAAUCGAGGAGGUAUAAAACCACUAGGCUAAUACCACUCAGAGACUAGCCAUACUGCUCGUGAAAAGUUAUUAAUCUUCUUGAUUUCCCCACAUUGGAAGUGAAACCUGCUGUUUGAAAGAGGAUGAGACCGUUACUCGUAUCCAUCGUCCUCUGCUUGAGCGCUUCUGUCCCACAUUUUGUGAAAGGGGAAGUUUACGAGCCCAAUCCCUGCGAGAAUGGGGCUGCCUGCCUCAAUGUUCUGGCUGAUGAAUCCUUCUCAUCAGAUGGUGAGGAGGAGACGACUUCAGCAGGACCUUGCCAACCGAACCCAUGCCACAACAGAGGAAUAUGUGAAAUCAGUGAAACCUACAGAGGCGACACGUUCAUAGGUUACGUCUGCAAGUGUCCAACCGGCUUCAACGGGAUCCACUGCCAACACAAUGUUAACGAAUGCGAGAAAGAACCGUGUAAAAAUGGGGGCAUCUGCACAGAUCUGGUUGCCAAUUACUCUUGUGAAUGCCCUGGGGAGUACAUGGGAAGGAACUGCCAAUACAAAUGCUCUGGAUCACUGGGCAUGGAGGGGGGUAUCAUCUCCAACCAGCAGAUAACAGCCUCGUCCACCCACCGUGCUCUGUUUGGCCUGCAGAAAUGGUACCCCUACUUUGCCCGGCUCAACAAGAAGGGCCUGGUCAACGCCUGGACGGCUGCCGAGAACGACAGAUGGCCCUGGAUCCAGAUUAACCUACAGAGGAGGAUGCGGGUCACAGGACUAAUUACCCAGGGUGCAAAGCGUAUCGGCAGCCCAGAGUACGUCAAGUCUUACAAAGUGGCCUCCAGUGACGAUGGCAAGACCUGGAGGACAUACAAAGUCAAGGGCACAGAUGAGGACAUGAUAUUCCGUGGAAAUGUGGAGAACAACGCUCCUUCUGCCAACUCCUUCACCCCUCCCAUUGAAGCACAGUAUGUGCGCAUCUACCCCCAGGUCUGUAGGAGACACUGCACCCUGCGCAUGGAGCUGCUCGGCUGUGAGCUCACAGGCUGCUCUGAGCCCAUGGGGAUGAAGUCUGGCCACAUCCAGGACUACCAGGUCACAGCGUCCAGCCUCUUUAGAACACUCAACAUGGACAUGUUCACCUGGGAACCCGGCAAGGCCCGUCUUGACAAACAGGGCAAGGUCAAUGCCUGGACGUCUGGACACAGUGACCAAUCCCAGUGGCUACAGGUUGACAUGCUCCUGCCUACUAAAAUCACCGGCAUCAUCACCCAGGGGGCCAAGGACUUUGGCCAUGUCCAGUUCGUCGGCUCCUACAAGGUGGCCUACAGCAACGAUGGAGAGAGGUGGCUCGUCUAUCAAGAUGAAAAACAGAGGAAGGACAAGGUGUUCCAAGGAAACUUUGACAAUGACACGCACAGAAAGAAUGUGAUAGAUCCGCCCAUCUACGCCCGAUUUGUCCGGAUCCUUCCAUGGUCGUGGUACGGAAGGAUCACUUUGCGUGCAGAGUUACUGGGAUGCACAGAGGAAGAGUGACCACCCUUCCCCCUCAUCUGUCCACCUGUCCCCCUCUCCCCCCUUUAAUUCUGGAUCAUCUAACCCAGAUUCAGUGUUUCAAUAUAAACUGUGCAACCUGUAAAAAAUAAAUCAUUUUCCAAUGGAUUUUUCAAGAAUAUGUGUUUGGUUAUGGUGGGUUGCUGUUUGAUUUAAACCUGCCCUUGUCCUGAUUUUGUCCCUUUUUGUUUUCAUAUUUUUGUGGUCAAUGUCUUUUUAUUCCUCUCCAGAUUUCCCCCCCCCAUUAUGUUUGGAAUGAACUUGGGUAACCUAUUUGAUGGGGGGGGGGGGGGGGGGGGGGGGGGGGGGGGCUGGAGUGUGGAGAGGGGAAUCACACUGUGGUUUAAACAUAUUGCCCUGGAAGCUACUGCACAGUGUCACUUUUUGAACGUGAAACCUGUCUAUCAUGCUUCAUUGGAUAUUGUUAUCCCCACUGAAACUUAUUUUGGAACUAUCCCAAAAAUCAUUAAACUAUCGCAACUGAAUACGACAGUGACAGAUAUAUAUUUACUUUGGAUUAUAACACCUCUUCAAGCCAGGCUUUUAACAUUACUGACACUGACACUGUAGAGCAAAUACAAUACAAUGGCAAUGCUUAAUGCUGUUGAAUUAAAUGUAAAACACUAAAUAAUUGCAUGGUGCAUAAAUUAUGAUAUUAAAAGUUUGACAUGAAACUCCUUCCCUAAGUGCAAUUGCUUUGGUUUGGUUUAACGUGCAUUUCUCAAUAGUUCUGAUACACACUGCAAAAGCUUAAAAGUGAUCUACUAGACGAAUAACAAGGACAAAAGUGGCACUGCAGUAUAGAUAAGGAGGUUGAUGGGCUGGCUGAUUGAAGUGUGUCCAAAUAUUCUUGAAUUUUCUAUCUCAUCUUUAAUUUAUUUAAAUGUAAUUAGCAUUUAAAUUUUGUGUUUGAAAGAUAUCUUCUUGGAAUGUCACAUUUAUAGAAUUGUAUACAUUGUUUAGUUUGAGUUUAUUUUCUCUGCUUUUGUAUCCUGGUGCCCAAUCCUCCUUCUGCCUUUACAAUAUCAUUUUUAAUCAACGUGAAAAGCUCAGGAUAGAAGUCACCCAUCCAUACCCACACAAAGAGUAAGCCCUCAUUUGAAUAAUAAUAUUUGACAAUAUUUUGUGUGUACAGACAUUACCAUGAUAAUGAAGUAAAUCAAAUUAUAUUAAAAAUCUAUCACACAAAUAGCUUUCUAUUCAUGCGUUUUCACAAGAAUAUAAAUACAUGUAAGAACUUUGAAUAUUUAAAUAUCUGUACAAUGAACAUUAUCAGUUGUUACAGUAUGUCACUGUAUUUCAGUGUUGCAUUUGAAAGUAUCAUGACAUGCAUCAUGAAAGUCUAAUAUUUCUUAGAUCCAUGGACACAGCAUUAGCAUCAUGCCAUGCAACUCACUUUUUAUAAUGGAUACAUUUGGCUGUGCAUAAUGGUUUUUAUUUAAUUUUUUAAUAUCUUGGCUUUUGCUCAAGCUAUUUGUGAGUAUAUCAUAACGUUGUCUUCUUGAUCACUGUAUGUGUGCGCUUUUCACACAAUGGGAUCGUUACUAACCAAUGGAGAUGUCAGCAUGACAUACAGUGGUGGAGAACAAGUAUUUGAUACACUGCCGGUUUUGCAGGUUUUCCUACUUACAAAGCAUGUAGAGGUCUGUCAUUUUUAUCAUAGGUACACUUCAACUGUGAGAGACGGAAUCUAAAACAAAAAUCCAGAAAAUCACAUUGUAUGAUUUUUAAGUAAUUAAUUUGCAUUUUAUUGAAUGACAUACCGUAAGUAUUUGAUCACCUACCAACCAGUAAGAAUUCCAGCUCUCACAGACCUGUUAGUUUUUCUUUAAGAAGCCCUCCUGUUCUCCACUCAUUACCUGUAUUAACUGCACCUGUUUGAACUCGUUACCUGUAUAAAAGACACCUGUCCACACACACAAUCAAACAGACUCCAACCUCUCCACAAUGGCCAAGACCAGAGAGCUGUGUAAGAACAUCAGGGAUAAAAUUGUAGACCUGCACAAGGCUGGGAUGGGCUACAGGACAAUAGGCAAGCAGCUUGGUGAGAAGGCAACAACUGUUGGGUCAAUUAUUAGAAAAUGGAAGAAGUUCAAGAUGACGGUCAAUCACCCUCGGUCUGGGGCUCCAUGCAAGAUCUCAGCUCGUGGGGCAUCAAUGAUCAUGAGGAAGGUGAGGGAUCAGCCCAGAACUACACGGCAGGACCUGGUCAAUGACCUGAAGAGAGCUGGGACCACAGUCUCAAAGAAAACCAUUAGUAACUCACUACGCCGUCAUGGAUUAAAAUCCUGUAGCGCACGCAAGGUCCCCCUGCUCAAGCCAGCGCAUGUCCAGGCCCGUCUGAAGUAUGCCAAUGACCAUCUGGAUGCUCCAGAGGAGGAAUGUGAGAAGGUCAUGUAGUCUGAUGAGACAAAAAUAGAGCUUUUUGGUCUAAACUCCACUCGCCGUGUUUGGAGGAAGAAGAAGGAUGAGUACAACCCCAAGAACACCAUCCCAACCAUGAAGCAUGGAGGUGGAAACAUCAUUCUUUGGGGAUGCUUUUCUGCAAAGGGGACAGGACGACUGCACCGUAUUGAGGGGAGGAUGGAUAGGGCCAUGUAUCGCGAGAUCUUGGCCAACAACCUCCUUCCCUCAGUAAGAGCAUUGAAGAUGGGUCGUGGCUGGGUCUUCCAGCAUGACAACGACCCGAAACACACAGCCAGGGCAACUAAGGAGUGGCUCCGUAAGAAGCAUCUCAAGGUCCUGGAGUGGCCUAGCCAGUCUCCAAACCUGAACCCAAUAGAAAACCUUUGGAGGGAGCUGAAAGUCUGUAUUGCCCAGCGACAGCCCCGAAAUCUGAAGGAUCUGGAGAAGGUCUGUAUGGAAGAGUGGGCCAAAAUCUCUGCUGCAGUGUGUGCAAACCUGGUCAAGAACUACAGGAAACGUAUGAUCUCUGUAAUUGCAAACAAAGGUUUCUGUACCAAAUAUUAAGUUCUGCUUUUCUGAUGUAUCAAAUACUUAUGUCAUGCAAUAAAAUGCUAAUUAAUUACUUAAAAAUCAUACAAUGUAAUUUUCUGGAUUUUUGUUUUAGAUUCCGUCUCUCACAGUUGAAGUGUACCUAUGAUAACAAUUACAGACCUCUACAUGCUUUGUAAGUAGGAAAUCCUGCAAAAUCGGCAGUGUAUCAAAUACUUGUUCUCCCCAAUGUAUGAGGAGGGAUACAGUAUCAAAUAUGUCCAUGUCCACAGGCACAUUUAGUCAUAACAUUGUUACAGGUCUUUUACCUUGCACUCACCAUUGGUGCAUUGUAAAACCUUUGCUAACUGGUGAAGGGGAACCAAUAAGUCAAUUUUGUGUUUCUGUGUCUACUCAGUCUGAGUAUCCUGCGCUAUAUAGAAAAGUGUACCAAUGAUAUGCUAAUUAGUCCACGCCUGCAGAAGAGAGAGUCAGAAACUAAGACUGUGUACAGCAGAGAAAGGAUUCUGCUUUUUCGGUCUUUCUGUUUGACCAAUAAAAAAGAUGUCUGUGAA